AUGUCUAUUUUUGCGCCUUCAGUAAUGCUCCGAGUACUUCUUCUGUUCCUCGUUAGCGCAUCCGUUGCAAACGCUGUACCAAUUGAUAACGGUAUAGAGGGUGAGCCAGAAAUUGAAUGUGGUCCGACUUCGAUAACAAUUAAUUUCAAUACCCAAAAGCCAUUUGAGGGUCAUGUCUAUGUAAAAGGUCUAUAUGAUCAAGAGGGAUGUCGUAACGAUGAGGGUGGUCGACAAGUUGCAGGCAUAACUUUACCGUUUGACACAUGCAACGUUGCUCGAACCAGAUCUCUAAAUCCACGCGGUAUCUACGUGACCACAACAGUUGUAAUUUCCUUCCACCCAUUCUUUGUCACAAAGGUUGAUCGGGCCUACCGUGUGCAAUGCUUCUACCAAGAAGCUGAUAAGACCGUUAGCGCACAAUUGGAAGUUUCUGAGAUCACAACUGGCUUAGCUGAUUUGGUAACCCAAUACGGUUUUAUUGGUCAACAGGUCUAUCACAAAUGGACUUGUGAUUCAGAAACCGUUGAUACAUUCUGCAUGAUUGUACAUUCUUGCUUUGUUGACGAUGGUAAUGGAGAUUCAGUAGAAAUCUUGAACUCUGACGGUUGUGCACUAGAUAAAUUCCUUCUUGAUAACCUGGAAUAUCCAACCGAUUUAACAGCCGGACAAGAAACCACUGUCUUCAAAUACGCUGAUCGUUCACAACUGUUCUAUCAGUGUCAAAUCAGUAUCUCAAUCAAAGAACCACAUGGUGAAUGUGCAAGACCGAAAUGUACUGAACCAGUUGGUUUUGGUGCAGUUAAGACAAAAGAACCAGCAAAUGCUAAACCGUUUCGACUGCUCAAACGUUCUGCUGGAUUUGACAACACCUUGGAUGUAAGAACCGACAUUAGUACCUUGGAUAUCACUGACCAGAGCCCUGGUCUGCCGGCUGCUCUUCGUCGUCAUCAACACUAUCAUCCAAAUGGACAGCCAGUAAUUUUGGCAAAUCUUCAUCAAGGUAUCUGUAUGUCGGCGUUUGCUGUAUCGCUGUUCAUGGCACUAGCAGUUGCUAUGACUGCAAUCAUCGUGGUUUUGGUAUCACUCCACUGCCGGAGCAAGAAGGCUUGA